AUGGCCGCUCUCCCGCUCCAGUAUCCCGACCUGGCCAUCUACCUGGCCGACGAGACCAACAUCCCCAUCAUCUCCUCGGCCGGCCUGGGUCUGUACGGCGAGAGAGAGGAGGGGGACGACGACGACGACAACAGCGACAGCGGCAGUGGUGCCGCCACACCCGCCGACACCCGCCAACGGCCGUCACGCCGCCAGCGCGCCGAGGCUCUCGACGACCUGACGACGACGGCGUUUCGCGCGCGGGACGCAGCCGCACGGCUGGGCCUCGGCCUCGACUGCCUGGACCCAGAGCCCGGCAUGCCUAGCCUGACGGACGAUGCCAUGGCCGCCUGGGGCAUGACGCCGCCCGAGCACGUCGUCGUCACCUACGAGUCGGGCGCCGUCCUGAUCGAGAGCUUUCUCGACCCCCUACAGCAGCAGCGCCUGCAGCGUAUGCAGAGACAGCAACAGCUGCAGCAGAUGCGCCAGUUGCAGCAGCUGCAGGUACAGCAGCCGCACAGGACGCUCCGGGCCGACCUCGCUCUACGGUCAACGCCCAGCCCAACCGAACGGCUCUCCGAGAGCGGCAGCCCGUUCUACUCACCACAGGGUCCGAUCGACAUACACGACUACGCGGACGACGACGACGACGACGAGAACGGCGGCGGACCACUGCUGGUCGGGCUCGUUCUGGCUCCGGGGGAGCAAUCUCUACGUGAUGCACGGCGCGCCACUGGCCGGUUACAGCGCAUCGGCCAUGCUGUCCAGCAGGAUUGGGCAGCCCAAGGGUCAGGGUGA